AGCUUAUGGGAAGGUAUUCCUUGUCCGAAAAAGGGGAGGAAAGGAUGACGGACGCCUCUACGCGAUGAAAGUCCUCAAGAAGGCGACCAUAGUCCAGAAGAAGAAGACGACGGAGCACACCAAGACAGAACGGCAAGUUCUUGAAGCAGUCCGAAGAUGUCCCUUCUUGGUCACGCUCCAUUAUGCCUUCCAGACUGAUGCCAAGCUGCAUCUCAUCCUUGACUACGUUAGCGGCGGAGAACUGUUUACGCACCUAUACCAACGCGAGCACUUCACCGAAAGCCAAGUCAAAAUAUACAUCGGAGAGAUAAUCUUGGCUCUUGAGCACCUCCAUAAGUUGGGCAUUAUUUACCGGGAUAUCAAGUUGGAAAACAUUCUCUUGGACGCUCAAGGCCAUAUUGUUCUGACAGAUUUUGGCCUCAGCAAAGAAUUUCUUCCCCACGAAACUGAGCAGAGGGCGUACUCCUUCUGCGGCACCAUUGAGUACAUGGCACCGGAAGUCGUCCGUGGAGGAAGCACGGGUCAUGAUAUCGCAGUAGACUGGUGGAGUGUCGGUGUCCUCACGUACGAAUUACUAACUGGUGCAUCACCUUUCACCGUCGAAGGAGAGAGGAACACUCAGCAGGAAAUUUCUAGAAGGAUACUUCGCACUACCCCACCUAUACCAGAUGACCUUUCACCACAUGUUUCGGAUUUCAUCGCCAAACUUCUGGUUAAAGACCCCAGGAAGAGAUUGGGUGGAGGAAUGGAGGACGCUGAAGAACUAAAACGUCACCCUUUUUUCAAUGAUUUAGACUGGGAAGCACUCGCAAGGAAAGAGAUUACUGCUCCUUUUGUCCCAAAAAUCUCUGGAGAACUUGACGUAAGCAACUUCUCUGAAGAAUUUACUAAAAUGAUUCCUACCGAUUCUCCUGCCAUCAUCCCUCCAAACUUCGACAAGAUAUUUAAGGGUUACUCUUAUGUUGCUCCUUCAGUUUUGUUCAGUGAAAAUGUCAUUAGUGAUGAAAUAUUCAAGCCAAAUCAUGACAAAAGACCUACCAUUGCCAACCUUAUUGCUCAAACAUUCAAGGAAUCUCAAUUCUUUGAACAUUAUGACGUCGAUCUGGAACGAAGUGGCGUAUUAGGUGAUGGAUCUUUUUCCAUUUGCCGAAGGUGUGUGGAAAAGUCUACAGGAAAAGCUUUUGCUGUAAAAAUAAUCAGUCGGAAAGUCGAUUCAACCAGGGAAAUAAAUUUACUUAGAGCUUGUCAGGGACACCCUAACAUAGUCAAUUUACACCAGGUCUAUUAUGAUGAGGCUCAUACCUAUUUGGUGCUAGAACUUCUGGAAGGUGGCGAAUUACUUCAGCGAAUAAGAAGGAGGACUAGGUUUACAGAGAAUGAAGCAAGCAGAAUUAUGAGGCAGCUUGUUUCUGCUGUGAAUUUCAUGCACCUUCAUGGAGUUGUUCAUAGGGAUCUCAAACCAGAGAAUCUUCUGUUUACCGAUGACACCUGUGAAGCAAACAUCAAAGUUGUUGAUUUUGGUUUUGCUCAGCUGAAACGUGAAGGAGAUUCACUUCAUACUCCAUGUUAUACUCUCCACUAUGCUGCUCCAGAAGUCCUUCAUAAUGCUGCUCAAGGAUAUGAUGAAAACUGUGAUUUGUGGAGUCUCGGUGUUAUUUUGUAUACAAUGUUAAGUGGUCGAGCUCCCUUUUUGGCUAGAUCUAGGGAUGAUAGCUCUGUUGCGAUUAUGAAUAGGAUAAAGGAAGGGGAUUUUAGCUUCUGCGGCGGUGCUUGGGAAUCAGUUUCGCACGAAGCCAAAGAACUGACAAAAGGUUUGCUUACGGUUGAACCUUCCCAGAGAUUAAGAAUGUCUGGACUUCUCUCUCACCCUUGGUUACUAGGUUGUGAUGUAGCUUCCACACCUCUUAUGACUCCUGAUGUACUGACAGCUUCUGCUGAAUAUGGAGUUGCUACUGCAUUCAGUGCGUUUCAUAAAGCCACUCGUGAAGGAUUUAGAUUACAGGAUGUUGUGAAUGCUCAACUUGCGCAAAGGAGAAGAAUGAAAAAAUCAUCAGUUGACAAUAGAAGCUUUUCAACUUCUAGUAGCUUCUCGAGUUCCAGUUCUUCUGGUAUAUCAUCAGUGCAAACACCCGUAAGGGUUAGCCACUCCAGUGCUACUCAUCCGAAGCCAGCGCUGAGGGGUAAAGCUAAUGAUGAAGGGAAUGUUUUUAAUUUUGGAGAAGCCAGAGUUAAAGAAUAUUUGUCAAGCCUGUCAAGUAAUUCUUCUGAAUCCAACACCCCAUUAACCUUCAACCUGUCACCUGUACCACUGCCAAAGAACAAGAGAUCUGGUGACAAACAGGAAAACAAGACAACCACUACUGGCCCAAUGACCAGGGCCAAAAGGAGAAGACAGCUUGAAGCUGCCAAUGAACCUGCACCGCAACUUAAAAGAAAACAUACCCACCACCAUCAUAGGAGUAAAAGACAAAAAAAUGAACAAGCAACUACCUCAGCUUGA